AUGUACUGCCAGCGUCUCGCCGUUCCAUUCGCACGCUCCCUUCUCGCCCAGAGAGCACCACUUGCUCUCCGCAUGGAAAAUGCUGUGGCCACUCGCAUGCUCAGCACCACCGUUGCUCGCAAGGAUAUCGACUCAGCCGCCAAGUACAUCGGAGCUGGAGCCGCUACCGUCGGAGUUGCUGGAUCUGGAGCCGGUAUCGGAAACGUUUUCGGAGCCCUCGUCAUCGGAUACGCCCGUAACCCAUCUCUCAAGCAGCAGCUCUUCUCGUACGCCAUUCUUGGAUUCGCUUUGUCCGAGGCUAUGGGACUUUUCUGCUUGACUAUGGGUUUCAUGAUCUUGUUCGCUCUUUAA